AUGGUCGCGCACACUCGGGCUGGCCGUCGAUCGGAUCCAGAGCAGCCCUCGGCCCUGUUCGUCCCGCGGUCUGUCGAUGAGAACGCCCUGCCCGUGUCCAGCCAGGGUGAUCAGAGCUUCCAGGUGCCUGGCGUCCGGCGGUCUCGGCGGGUUGCCGAUCGCAGACCCGGCGACGAUCUUCCCUCUGGUCCGAGCUUGUUGGCGCCCUUGGGCGAGCACGGCUCCAAUUGGCUCGCCAACCACCACCCGUACUCCACCGAGACCCCGCUCGCCGCCUUCGCAGCUGGCCUCGAUAUAUCAGCGCCCGCGCCCUCGCAGCGGCCGUUUCCGUCAAAGUCGCCGUUUUCUACCCCCAAGGCCUCCUCGUCGGCUGCAUCCGCCUCCAUCACGCCCACCGAGAAUAAAAUGAUUGUCGCCAUGCCUAUCACCCCGCAUGAAACCCCCGUGCGCCGCAGAGACGAAGCCGUUCCCCUGAAGCGCAAGCAGGACCAUGCCUUUUCACCCGAACUCGCGCCCUCGUUCGCCUUGCACCCCCGACUCCGCGAGUCAAUGUUUACCCUCAACGACGACUCGGCCUUCAGCUCCCCAAGCUCGGAAUCGCUGCAAGCCAUCCCCUACCCACGCCUGGCGCACUCAAGACCCGAUCUGUCCGCGAGUGACGCCGGCAUCGAGUUGCCCAUGUCCCCGCCGCCGUCCUCGCAAAAGUCGCAUGUGUUUGAUCACGAAACCUCGGCUCUCGACUGCCUCACGACGCCCUGCAAGCCGCCCGUCUACUCGCUGUCGUCGUCGUCAUCGUCGUCGUCAUCGUCGUCAUCCCUACUCUCCACCCCCGUCUCUGUGCUCAAGCCCUCCGGGUCGACCCUCUAUGCCCCAAGUGAAGCCUCGCUGGAGCCCAGCCAGGGCUCGCCCGCCUUUGCUGGCCGCUCGGACUUGUCGCCGUGCAUCGCCUCUGGCAUGCCGGCGCUCGAAGUUGGAUUCACCAUGUCGUCGGAUUUGCUCUUUGAGGAGCCGAUACGGUCCUCGCUCGACGGCUCCCAGGAGUCGACGAUCUCGUUCGAGGACUCGAUCUUUUCGUUUACAGUCCCGGCCUCGUCGGAUCUGUCGCAGGCUCCGGACGACUACGGCGAGUUCCCAAAGUCGAUGACCUACCGGGAUCGGGUCUUCCACAUGGGCGACUAUGUCGUUGUGGACUCGCCCAGCGGUCGCGACCGCUUUGGCGUCAUCCAUGGCUUCUUCUCCUACCAAGAUUUUGUGUCCUAUGAUGCCCCACAACAUGAUGCGGAUGACGACAAGUUUGCCCACAUUCUCUGGCUCUCUCCUUCGGAAAUUCACUUCCGGGAGGCCGCCAUCGAGCAGCGGGACUACUUGCCAACGGACUUUCAAUCAGUCCCUUCUGCCUUUUCUACACUGGAGCCCAUGCACUCCAUCCAGAGAACCUUCUACUCGAUACAGGCCGAGCAGGCCGAGGACCAAACCUUGCCGCUGCUCAUGACCGAGGGUGAAAUCCCCAACGAGUUUGAGCGGCUCCUGCAGCUCGCCGGCCAGAGCGACGUCUCUGUCGACAAGUUCACUACUUUGAUAUCCCAGAAGCUCACAUCCAACACCCUGCUCUUCUUCCGUCUCUUUGGCGACAAGUUCAAGAGCUGGCUCGACUGGAUGGUCAACAUGGACUCGGUGCGCUUCAAUACCUAUACCAACAAAGUGUUCAUCUCCGAGUACCUCCGCAUGGAGAGCCUGGACGAAGAGGACUUUCCCGAAGAGGAUCUUCAGCAGCACAUUCGCUUCAAGACCCUCCAGGGCCUGAUUGAGCGGCAAUUUGUCGGCCCCUCAGGCCUGGGUUCUCGCGUCUCUCAGAUCCUGCACGUCGCCGUGGGCCUCCUGGAGCGGCUCAAGGGCCGAGAGUACGGCUGGUGGUCGCGGCUGGACGAGGCAUGCCAGCAAGCUGAUAUAGUUCACUUGAUGUACCAGUCCGAGGCCUUCCCGCUCCACCUGACCCAGCUUGCGACGCUGUCAAAGCUUGAAGCCACCGCCCAGACCAAAUACCGAUGCGACGUUGCGCUCGAGCCUCAGAUCGGCUUGAUUCCCAAGUCGCUCUGGGGCGCCGUCUAUUCAGAGUCGUUCCCCUUCCUGCUCGACAGCGCCCCUCUCGAAGAAGGCCAGAUCGGCCUGUACGCCUCCUUCGAGGGCCUCUGCUGCCGCCUGAUUGCGCGCUACAUGAUGGACUUUGUUCAACUGGCUCUGCAACAAGUCGUGGACAACAUCGAUGACAAGGACUGUGUCGUGUCUGUCGGCAGCGGCUGCCGUGGCUCGCUCUUGGGUCCCGAUGAGUGCGCUCGCGAUGACUCUGACUUUAUGGAUACCUACGAUCACCACGAUGAGCUCGGGAUCCUGACGGACGAGCAACUCGAGGACACGCGAGUCAAGAAGCUCAAGCUUCUCAAAUUUGUCGAAUGGAAGAUGAGGGAAGAGGUCGUGCGCCGAUCGCUCGAGGACGGCAGUCUGAUCUAG